AUUCUACAAGAAAAUCAUCAAUUUGGUUGCAGUUUUAUCGAGCAGGAUUGCGUGUCGGGCUUCUGGACGUGGAUGUUCGUGCUGUCGAAACUACCCGAGCUCGGCGACACGAUCUUCAUCGUGCUGCGUAAACAGCCGCUGAUCUUCCUGCACUGGUAUCACCACAUUACCGUCUUAUUGUACUCCUGGUUUUCGUAUUCGGAGUACACCGCGUCCGCGCGAUGGUACGUCGUGAUGAAUUACUGCGUCCACUCGAUCAUGUACACCUACUACGCUCUCAAAGCGAUGCGGUACAGGCCACCUAAAGCGAUCUCUAUGGUGAUCACUACGCUACAGCUUGCCCAGAUGGUGAUCGGUUGCCUUAUCAAUAUAUCCGCAUAUCAGUACCUGGAGAGCGGCAACGUGGACUGCAACAUCACCCGCAUGAAUAUCCAUUUUAGCUUCGCGAUGUACUUGAGCUAUUUUGUCCUAUUCGCGCGAUUCUUCCAUAAGGCGUACGUGGCUGGAAAGAAGACCGAUAAGAAGCACUUUGCCAAUAGCGCACCUGGUCACAUCGGCUAUAACGACAAGCUCAAAGCCAAUUAAGGCGGUACUCGGCACACUAGGGCGCCUGGGCGCCCUUUUCUCUAUCUCUUUCCCUCAACUCUCUUUUUCUAUUUUCCUCCAUCCUUCUUUUUCUCUGUUUCUUUCUCACGCCGCUGGUCGACGUAGCCAUAAUACAUCCAGGAUCUAUUUAUGAUAGGAAAUAUUAGGGUUUAACGGCUUCUAGGAUUCACGUGUUCAGUGGAUACUAUCGCUAAACUUAAAGUUUUAUGGACUAUAAUGCGAUUUUUUAAAUUAUUGUUUGCAUUUUCUUUUUCUACUUCAAAAUUAUUUAGUUAAAUAAUUAUACAUUAAGAUA